CUGUUUGACCUUCUAAACGUCAUCUGCGAUGAAUACAUGGCGAUGUACGGCUCUUCUGACAUGGGAUACUGUGUCAUCGGCUUGAUUACAUCAGAUAUGAAGCAGACGGUAAAAGAUUGUUACACGGGAGAUCGCCUAGCGGGUAACACCAAAAUGAAGAUUGUUGAUGAGAAGACACAUAUGGAGGUUACAUGCCCAAAUCAACUGGGGAAAUUGUUCUUUAAAGGUGGGACAAUACUGCGUCAUUACCUGGAUUUUGACUCAAGUUUGAGUGGAGUCUUCAAAGAUGACGGCUGGUUUGAUUCGACAGAUGUGGGGUAUAUUGAUGAGAAAGGAGGUGUCCACGUCAUUGGCAGGACAUCUGACGUCAUCGUCUGCGGUCCUGUGAUCGUUUACCCACAAUGGCUGGAGGACAGGAUUAUAAAAUGUCCUGGGGUGGCCGGAGUCAUUGUUGUAGGAAUCCACCAUCCCGUCAGGUUCCAGGAACUCUGUGUCUGUGUGGUCCGUGAGAAAUCCUCAACCCUGACAGAAGAGGAACUGAGAACGUUCUGUAAAGAAAUAUUUAUCGACAACCCAAACUGUGACGAUGAAAUUCCGAAAAAAUUCUUCUUCAUGGACUCGUUUCCUCUGACGUCUACUGGUAAGACAUGGAGGAAAGAAGUAGAGAGACUUGCCACUGAACAUUUUCAUCGCUGA